GUAUUCAACAUGGCGCGGCAGUAUGUAACGCUCUCGUUUCACUCGAGAAUAAAUGACAACAAUGUGGUGUGCCUUCUGUUGGAAUCGGUUUUGACAUUUUGGCAAUUGUGUUAUUAUAUUAUUAUACAAUGUUCGCGGACAAAUUCCAACGUUUUCCUAACUAAAAAAAAUUUGCUAUCUACGAGUAUUGGUCACUUCUGAAAGAACCAAGUGGAGCAGCGUGAUACCGACUAUAACCUCUCCAAAACAUUUCUAGUGAUCUUUUUUUAUACACUUUUAUAAAAAGAAUAGAGAGUGUACUUUAUAAUUUAAAUGCAUAUUCAGUUAGAUAAAGAAAAUAUAUUGAAUUCAGUUUCAUCUAUCAAACAGAUAUUGGUUAAUGUCGUCCUGCAUUUUUACAUGCCGCGUUCAUUCUAACCUAUUUGAAACUAUCACAUAUGUUGAGAUGAGAAUUUAUUUCCUUGAUCAAAGUGUAAGCUAAUAAAUGAGUGCGCCCGAAGAAUCAUUGAGCGAUCAGGAUCCUGAUUAUGUUUCCGCGAUCUCCAAUAAUCAAGCUCAACAGAAGAUUUAUGAGGAAAAUGCUAGGAACACCACCGCGAGAAAAAUAACUGCAAUAGUGGAGAAGGAAUUUUCCCUCGAAAUCGAUUUGAAGGAAAAGGAAGUGUUAGAAAUACAGGAACGACUGCACCAAGCUCUGAAAAUCUUUCAUCUUCUGCGCUACGCCAUAAUUAGUAAUUUCUAUAAUCACAAGCAGUGUCAAGUUUCCCAGACUUCAGAAACGACGAAGCAAACCAGGAUACAUCCUGCGGUCAAGUCGCUGCUCGGCAAGAGUCCCAAACCGAUUUACUGUACAGACUUUGCAGUACCGUCAACAUCAAAGGAUCCUCGAUUCUUAUGCAAUGACGAGUCUCUUGCGUCAGACGCAAAGACGACGACGGACAGUGCGCCUAAGGUCAAGGAAAAUGCAUGCGAGCGUGACAAGGUGCCGCAGGACAAGAAGCGAGCACUGCCAAGCGAGGAGGAAUCUCGGCCCCGGAAGGUGCCACGUUACGUGCCACCGAAGAGCAGUAUACCAGAGACUGUGUGUCCGUCGCGCGGUAACAGCCACAAGGUUCGCGAACGCAUCAUCGUUGGCAACAUCUCCAAGUGGAUCCCCUCGGAUUGGCGGGAAGAUUCAUCUAGUCACAAGUGGACGAUGUACGUGCGCGGCGAUAAGGAUAACGCGGACAUCAGCGCGUACGUCAGCAAGGUGAGGUUCUUCCUGCAUCCCAGUUACCAUCCGAAGGACGUCGUCGAGGUCACGGCGUAUCCGUUUCACUUAUCCAGACGAGGAUGGGGCGAGUUUCCCGUUCGAGUGCAGCUGCAUUUUAAGAAUCCUUUGGACAAACCCAUAGACAUAAUUCACCACCUGAAACUCGACCGCACGUACACGGGAUUGCAAACGUUAGGCUCGGAAACCUUGGUCGACGUGUGGAUCAACACGACGGAGUCUCGUAAUCUCGAGCAGAGCGGCGACAACAAGUCCAUCGAGUCUUCCACUGAUGACGACGUAUCCGUAAAGCUAGAACCCAGCGAAGAAGCGAAAGGCUCUAAGGGAACGUCACGACUCACCGCAGGCACCUUCGAGCGAGCUCGAGUUAAGCAAGAGAUCGUUGAUAAUUCGGAAGUGUGUGAACUGUCCGAUUCAAUGCUGUACUUAACGAAAAACUCCGAAGACGCUAAAAUAAAAUUCGAAUCCAGUAACGGAUUAACUCUGCAGGAGGUGCGUCACUACGUCCAGCUGGAUCACGAUUAUUUUGGUAAGCAGUGUUCAGGUGACUCUUAUCAUUGUAUCGUGAACGAAGGAAACGUGACUAUAGAACACUGUCUGGGAAAUAAUCACGUGUCAGCUGUUGAUUCGCCAGUAAUACCGAUUGCCAGCAGUGAGAAGAAAACGUCGGAUGAUGCGACGGUCGUGCACAGAUUUAAUGGUAGCAUUAAGCCUUCCAGUGACUUGCAAAUUACCGACUCGGUGAUUCCUGAUGUGGCAAAGUCAGAGAGCAUGGUACCUCAAGAGAGCCACAGUCGAGGGAGUCCAAUAUUGUUUGAUUCAAUGACGAUCUCGCAAGCGAAAUACUCGCAACACAAUAGCAACUCGAAAAUUUUGGAAAAUGCUUCAGCGAGAGACGCAACGAAUGCAAUUAAUGGCUUCCGCAAAUCGCCCGACGUCUCUCUCGAUCGAUUAGGCGUACAGAGAGUCCCGGGUUCCUCGAAGUGCAAUUCACAUUUGAGACCAUUAGAGAUUACUAUACCGCCACCGAACGUGCUGGCGCCGUCUAACAAGCACGUCCUUCUUCUGAAGGACAGGAAAUCGAUUCCGCUGGAUGUGACGAGCUUCGUCGCAUCGAGGAAGAAGCUUGUCGACGGCAGUGCGAAAGUUCCUCUCGCGAGGAACAACAACGCAAAGGUAGACGUGCACAUUCCUCACGGUAUAAGCAUCUUAAAGAAGCCGUUCAAUACCACAACGAAUGCGCAGCACGAGGCUGCAGCCAACAACAGCAAGAAGACCGCUGUGCUCACGUUGAAAAAUGCGAACAGUAUUCUGCUGAAUGUUAACGAGGACGUGCCGAUUCUGAAGAUAGUCGAUCCGGCUGAUCCACGGUACAAUUAUAAUCUCACUAACGCGACGAGACUGUGCUCGAGCUCGGAGCCGAGUACCGACAGGCAAGAAUCGUGCGCGCGAUUAGAGAAGCCAACGGUGCAGCGAGCGAAGAUCACGCUGGGCAAGGACAAGCACAAGAUACAGAGCAAGCGUGAUCUGUACGAGGCGGUUCUCCGAUCGAUCGACACCGCGAACAUCACCGACACGGAGGCGCUGAUACGGUACGUUAUACGCCGAUUGCCGAUCGUUACAUCCGACGCCUGCGACUCCGAGUACAAGCGAUUGCACCCCUACGCGUGCCGCAGCGAGGAGGAGUUCUUCGCGUACAACGUCGGCAAGCAGAGAGCCUCGGAGUGGUAUCGCGCGAGGACGAUCAAAUAUUUUCUGCAGAGAAAGUCGAUACCGGCGGAUCAAUUGUGGAGCGUCAAGGAAAUCGUACUGUGGGCGAGAUUACACGGUCACACUCCGAUACGGAGUGCGUUCAACGUGCCGACGACAGCGGUAACGAAGGGACCGCCUGACGCUUCUACCUCCGCGGUUCUCUCCACGUGUACGGACUCCGCCGCGUUACAGAAGUGGCUGCAAGGCUGCCGCAGGCGAGAAUCCAAUCAUCAGUUGGCAGACGGUCACGUCGAUGUCGAAGAGAUCGACGUGGAGGGCGUUGAAGGCGUUCCAGCAUGCAGAACCACGAUUGAUCGGAGAAAAAACGAUGACGUCCAGAGUAGCGGCUGUAGAAGUGCUUCUUCCGCGUUGCUACCGCUUGAACUCGACGAGGGUUUACUGCCGCUUCACAAUUUCGUGUGCGACACCGCGCGAGAUAGCGGCGUCGAGAUCGGAUCGGAGGAAAUCGUCCCUGGUGUCCAGCAUUGCGCAACUAGUCGUGUGAUUAUGCGCGUGAUCGAGUGUUUUGUGGAGGACCUGGCUCGAUCGUCACUGGCGAGAGCUUGGGAAAGAAACAGCAGCGACGAGUGUCCCAAGAGCAUUACGUCGGACGACGUUCGUAGUGCUCUCAUGAGUCGAGAGGAGUUUCAUAUUUUCACAAAUGAAGGCCUGGGCUCGAGGCAGCGGUUGAACGCGACGGAUCCGUCUAGCUUGUGACGCCUAGGAAAUGGCUUUCGAAUUAACAACGAAUUAAUUCAGCGCAAUGAAUCCACGCCCGGGAAAAUGGUAAAUUCCGAUGUUCAAUUCAUCUUAGUUCCAGCCAACUGGAAUUUUAUGACGGUCAAUCUCGUGCUGCAGCCACUGGCGGACUGGCUCGUAAUAGGCUAAGAGCGGCUCCACGCGGUACUUCGAGUGUCCCGUUAUCGUGUGCAGUGCGUAUCUCCAGUCCACGCUGCUCCCAAGCUCCAUUACCGACCUAUCGAAAGUAAAAAGUAAGCCAGACUGCAUCUUUACGCAUUUGUUAUAUGUACAUUUGCAACAUACAUUCUUCCAUAUUCGCAAUAAGAGUUUCAGAUAAAACUUUGUUAUUAAAGACACUCUACGAUUGCCAGGACUUUGACAUAUGUUGUCCAGGUUCAUUAAAGUCCAUUACUCAUGAAACAAAUUAUCAAUAAAGUAUUAUUAACAAGAAGUCAGAUAAAAGGACGUAGUUUUUUUUAAUAGUAUGUACAUUGUAUAACAAGUAAAUAUAUGUACAAGAAGAAAUAAAUUUAUAGUACGUAGGAUAUAAUUGUGGGUUGGAUUAGAUUGGAUCUUUCGCGAUCGGGAAUUUAUAAAAUAAAGAUGGGCGAAACCUGCGUCACCAUAAUUUUAUAACGAAACAAAUAUUUAAAAUUCACAUAGAAUUAUGCAAAAUCAUGGAUCUCACUUUGGAAAUCAUGGGAAGGAGAUCGAUUUUUCGAGGACACAAAUAUUUUUACAAAAAUUAAAACAAAUAAGAAACACAAGAUAGUCACAAAUAUCAUUAAUUAAUAAAUUUUAUAUUAAUUUGUCUAUAAAAUGUACUCAAUUAACGAUAAUAUAUGCGAAUACCGUCAAACGUUUAAUCAUUUUAUUAUCAGUUUUAUUAUCAUUUAAUUUCUUUUUAGCAGUUUGUUAAUUAACUUUAAUUGUAAAGGCUGAAAUCUUUUAAAAGUUACAAUUAUUUUGUUGAGACAAUAUACGUCAACAUCGAGAUAAUCGAAAGAGUUGCUCUAAGAACAAACUUUUAUCGAGUUUUUUUAUUUCGACAACUAGACAACGAGUUUGUUGCAACGUCAUAGAAAAAUUAUUUUUUUACCAUUUCUCUUCUUUUAAUUUGAUGUAAUAAGACAAAUCAGAUUAAAACCACAAUUUUCUAAGUACAUGUAU